AAGACUCCUCUUCUUGGGGAGGGAAAGAGAGAAGUGAGAAAACCCCAUGGAAGACCCCCAGGAUUUAAAUGAACAAUCAGUAAAGAAGACGUGUGCAGAAUCAGAUGUUUCAGAGCCUCAGAACUCCAGGUCUAUGGAAAUGCAGGACCUAGCAAGCCCUCAUUCUCUUGUUGGAAGUAGUGAUACUCCUGGUAGCUCCAAACUGGAUAAAUCUAAUCUCAGCAACACAUCAGUUACCACAAAUGGAACAGGAGGAGACAACAUGACGGUUUUAAAUACUGCAGACUGGUUGCUGAGUUGUAGCACUGCCUCUUCUGCUACAAUGUCUCUUCUUCCAGUCAAAACAGAGCCUAUGAACAGCAGUGAAACAACAACGACAACUGGAGAUGGAGCGCUUGACACUUUUACUGGGUCAGUUAUAACAAGUAGCGGCUACAGUCCAAGAUCUGCACAUCAGUAUUCCCCACAGUUGUAUCCCUCUAAGCCCUACCCACACAUUCUUUCUACACCAGCAGCUCAAACAAUGUCUGCCUAUGCGGGACAGACUCAGUAUUCAGGAAUGCAGCAACCAGCGGUCUAUACAGCUUACUCCCAGACAGGACAGCCUUACAGCUUACCAACUUACGAUUUAGGAGUCAUGUUACCAGGCAUCAAGACGGAAAGUGGACUUUCCCAAACACAAUCAUCCCUCCAGAGUGGAUGCCUCAGUUACAGCCCUGGUUUUUCCACACCCCAGCCAGGCCAAACACCUUAUUCUUACCAAAUGCCAGGCUCCAGUUUUGCACCAUCAUCUACAAUUUAUGCAAACAAUUCGGUCUCUAGUUCAACAAACUUCACUAGCACACAGCAGGAAUAUCCAUCCUACACUGCCUUUGGCCAAAACCAGUAUGCGCAGUAUUAUUCAGCAUCAACCUAUGGAGCGUACAUGACUUCAAACAACACAGCGGAUGGCACAUCUUCAUCAUCAUCUACUUAUCAGUUGCAAGAAUCUCUCCCUGGACUGACCAGUCAACCAGGAGAGUUUGAUACAGUACAGAGCCCUUCCACCCCAAUCAAAGAUCUUGAUGAGAGAACAUGUAGGAAUUCUGGCUCAAAAAGUCGAGGACGAGGACGGAAGAAUAAUCCAUCACCCCCACCCGACAGUGACUUGGAGCGUGUUUUUGUUUGGGAUUUGGAUGAAACCAUCAUCGUUUUCCACUCACUGCUUACAGGGUCCUAUGCACAGAAGUAUGGCAAGGAUCCACCAAUGGCAGUAACUCUUGGGCUUCGGAUGGAGGAAAUGAUUUUUAAUCUUGCCGACACACAUUUAUUUUUUAAUGAUUUAGAGGAAUGUGAUCAGGUUCAUAUAGAUGAUGUGUCUUCUGAUGAUAACGGGCAGGAUUUAAGUACCUACAGUUUUGCAACUGAUGGCUUCCAUGCAGCUGCAAGUAGUGCAAACCUUUGUUUGCCAACAGGUGUAAGAGGAGGAGUAGACUGGAUGAGGAAGCUGGCUUUCCGAUACCGACGAGUAAAAGAAUUAUAUAAUACCUACAAGAACAACGUGGGAGGUCUCCUUGGUCCUGCAAAAAGAGAUGCUUGGUUGCAAUUAAGAGCAGAGAUUGAAGCUCUAACAGAUUCCUGGCUGACAAAUGCACUUAAAUCUUUAUCUAUUAUUAGUACGAGGAGUAACUGUGUAAAUGUCUUGGUAACGACAACCCAACUUAUCCCAGCCCUGGCAAAGGUCCUGCUAUAUAGUUUAGGUGGCGCUUUUCCUAUUGAAAACAUUUACAGUGCAACUAAAAUAGGCAAAGAAAGCUGUUUUGAGCGUAUAGUGUCCAGAUUUGGCACUAACAUAACUUAUGUUGUGGUUGGAGAUGGCCGAGAUGAGGAACAUGCAGCUAAUCAGCACAACAUGCCCUUUUGGAGAAUAUCAAGUCAUUCAGACCUCUUGGCUCUACAUCAAGCACUGGAACUAGAGUAUUUGUAACUGUAUUCUAUGGUUGGAGAUCCUUUUUUAUAUCUCAACUACACUGAAUUUUUAUGUGUGAUU